GUGUGUAUAUAUAAUAGGUUUGCAUUGUGAACUAAGAGUUAUUUAUUGAAAUAGAGACUUAGACCGGUUAGCCGAGACAAUUCCCAAGCCGAAGGGCGCCAUGCUCGAAUUUGGCCUACCGAAAUGGAAGAUGAUGCCUCUAGAACAUAAGAUACCUAUGAUACCCGGACCCAAGGAUGCUUACAAUUUCACACGAUGUAAGGUAGGAAAGAAUCUGUGGGAAAUAGACGGACCGAGGAUGGAGUUUGAUCUGAAUGAUCCUUAUUGCCAUGAGAGCGGAUUCUUCUAUGAACCCCUGCACGAUAAGCAUCUACACGAUUUUUUCUCUAGGCCGGCUAACUUGAAGUGUCUACUAAAAGCCGGUCUUAUUACAGCCGAUAUGGACGUGAAAUGUUCGCUGCGCGAUUAUAACACCUACAGAAAAUAUUUGAGAAAAGUAUACACUGACCGUAUCAGAAGGGAACUGAAAAAAAGAAAUCGUUUAUUCAUCGAAAGGAGAGCCCUUUGUUUCGCCGAGGACCAAGCGCGUAAAGAAGCGAAAAGAUUAAAAGAAAGAGAGAAGUUAGCCAAAGAUAGGCAGCGACGUGUGCAGCAGCGAUUGUUACAAAAAGAAUUAAGAAUCCAGAAGCAAAGAGAAAGAGCGCGUAAAACGGAGCAAAGAUUGCAGUUAUUAAAGUUCAUUAAGCAAGAAGAACAAAGACUGUUAAAUAUUAAGCGUAAAAAGCGGGCCGAGCAAACCCGGCAAAAAUGCAAAAUCGCGGCGGAGAUUGCUCGACGCAAAGUAAUCGAUGUUUUGGUAGACUGGAAAAAAAAAGACAAGGGGCGAGAGAAAGCCAAAAACAUGCGGCUAAUAGACAUUAAACAACAAAAGCAAAAAAUCAUAGAAGAAAGAUGGAAAAAAAGACAGUACUUCCAAGAAAAGGAUAUUGCGAAACAAAAAACAUUAUUACAAUGUAUAGAUAUUCGCCGACAGAAAUUUAUACAGAAUUAUAAUGACACAAUCAAUAAAGAAACCGCAAGAAUGCAAAGACUUUUGGAUAAUGCUAAGUUAUUUACAAACUGUUACAUUCAAAGAUAUUCACCAGAUGGAAGAGAACGUAUUUGCUGUAAGAAAUAUUUUGAGAGUAAUAAGGAUGGAAAAGAAGAUGAACUAAGAAAUAACUCUCAAACUUCGAUAAAUUUUAUGUCACAAUUUAUAAAACAAAGAACACACAAGUUAAAUGCAAAUAAUAAAUACCAAAAUGCAAUCCAAAAGGUUGAACAUAUUGCAAGCACAAAUCGUAACAAGGUCAAAUAUCAUGCACGGAAAAACAAUUAAAAAAUUGUGAUACAAACAAAAAUUAUACAUACAUGUCAUAAAGACAGAAAAAUUUUAUACGUCGUUAACAAUUUUACGAGAUAAAUAUCAGUACCGUUUCAUUAAAACCAAUAAACAGUAAGUUUGAAAUUAUAUUAUAUAUGUUAAAUUAUAUUAACAAUAGCCC